AUGCCCAUCUACUAUAAAGGCAAAAAUCUGGCCAUCUUCAUUGUACAUCACUCAUGCGCCCUGAUCGCCUUCUACCUGAUUUAUGUUUAUAGAAUUGGGACCUUUUUUGGAAUCUAUCGGCUUACCACAGAACUGUCAACGCCCUUCACCAACCAGCGGUGGUUCUUUCGGACUCUCGGCUACACCCCCGACAGACGUAGGGUGGCCCUAACGACCCUCGUCUACUCCGUUCUUUUCGCGCUCACAAGGAACGCCCUAGUGUUGCCCUACUGGAUCCUCGCAUACAUGCUCUACAACACUCCUGAACACCUUAGAGCCAAUCGCUUACUGCCCAACCUCACUCGAAUCUGGUUCACCGCCUCCCUCACCCUCGAUGGUCUUAACACCUACUGGGCACUGCAAGUUUAUCCCAUUGGCUACCGAGCCGCGGUGCUACUCUAUACCGCCGACUGGCGGACUGAUAUCGAUCGCGCGAAAGAUCGACUGCGUGGUCGUUUCCAGAGCGCUCGAAGGCGUGCCAUGAACAUGAAAUUGAUAAAGUCUCUACGGCGAACUGCUUCAUUCGGUCGCCUUCACCGGGUCUUUUCAAGACCUUCCUUCCCCUAUGACUUCGAUGUCUUUCCGGAGGCACUGAGCGAGCCAGAAUUUGACGAUGAUUCAGGCAGGACCACGCCAAAGGACCAUUCUCCCACUUCUCAUCUUGAUGAUGGCACCGCAUCAAGUCCAGAGGAUGACCGAUAUGCGUCUACUGACGGUCUCGUGUUCCGCGCUCGACCAGAAACCUCUUCCACCUAG